AGAGUUCCUUUCUGUGUCCCCUUGGCCAAGAAAUAGAGGAGAGCUCCAAUGCCAUUAUAAAAUCUUGAUCACCUCCCCUCAUCAUCUCCAAAUCCCCUUCUUACUUCAUUUCAAUUCAAGAUUUUUCAGUGCUUCUUCCAAACACAACGCAUUCUUAAUUUCCAAAUGCUAGAAUUCUCAUAAUUCAUCCCCAAUUCAUUCAAUUUUAGGGUUCAUCCUCAAUUACCAAUUUCAAUAAUCAUGUCUCUUUCAGAUGAGCAACUUACCCACCAAUUACAACUCCUUAGAAACCAACUCAAUAAAAAACAAACUUUCCAAUCAGCAGUUUCGUCAAUCAAAUCUCUUCUAGUUCAAUCCUACCCUUCUUCCUCUCCUCCAAUCCGUAAACUCUUCUACGACGUCGUUUCACGCGUCGCCACCGUUCUCCGCACUCGCUACACUUUCCCUGGUUACCUUUUAGCCGGGGUCGAACUCCUCUCAAUCGCUGAAAAUCUAACUUCAGACUCCUCAGAGAAAACCCAUCUCAAAUCCUGCAUUUCCAACAUUCGUCAAACCCUAAAUCAACAACAAGAUGAUGAUACUACUUCAAAUUCUAAUUCCAAUUCCAAUAAUAAUGGUGGGUACCUCUUUGAAGGUCAUCUUACUGUUGAUCAAGAACCUCCUCAACCAAAUUGGUUGAUCCAGCAAAAUCUAUUGAUGACUGCACUCGCUUCUCAAUCCGAGAACAAUACCAAUCUGGAAAACAACGAUGAGAAUUUGGGUAGUUUAAUGAGGGGGUUAGUUGAGAGUUUAGAGAAUCUGGAAGAGUUUCUUCCAGCAAUGGAGGAAGGAGGAGAGGGAGGAAGAAGAGUUGCACCGCCGGCUAGUAAAGAAGUUGUAGAGAAAUUGCCUGUGAUUAUAGUCGAAGAUGAAACAAAGCUUAAAGAUGAAGCAGAAUGUUGUAUCUGUAAGGAGAAAUUAGGAUUAGGAGAUGAAAUGCAAGAAAUGCCUUGUAAACAUUUGUUUCAUCCUUUGUGUUUGAAACCAUGGUUAGAUGAACAUAAUUCUUGUCCGAUUUGUAGACAUGAAUUGCCUACUGAUGAUCAUAAGUAUGAGAGUUGGAAGGAAAGAGAAAAGGAGCUUGAAGAAGAACGGAGAGGUGCUGCUAAUGCUGUUCGUGGCGGCGAAUUUAUGUAUAUUUGAUUUGCUGCUCUUCCUGGGAUCAAUCUCAUAAACUUGGUUUUGGUUUGAUUCAGUGUCUCCAUGGUUUCGGUUGAGUAUAGGCUUACACUUGAGCCUUUUGAAGACCCUGAAAUCGGUGUUUUGUAUAGGGAUGGAUUUGAUGAACCUCUCAUUUAGGUUGUAUGUACUUAAACUCACCAAUUGCCGAUCUUGGUUUUCUUCCAUCAAUGUCUCCAUGGUUCCGGUGAAGUAUAGGCUUACACUUGAGCACCCUUUUUCAGCUGCCUAUGAGGACUUUUGGGUGUCCUUAGGUCUGACAUUGGAUGGGACAACGCCAUGAGGACUAGUACUGACUCGAAAACUUGAAUUCUAGCAUUAAGAUUCUAGCAGAUUUUGAUUCUCAGCUUACACGAUGUGGGACUUUGUUUAGACAUGCCUUCUGGUGAUCGAGAUUGCACAAUGACCAAUCAAUCUAAUGGGUGCAGGAGUUCUUCGCUUGACAAGCCUUGGUUGUCAACCUGUCGCUGGUACAGAUGAUAUGAGAGGUUGUUGGAUUAGGUAUUAUGAUGCAGUUCAAAGAGGGGAUUUGAAUGUGAAUAUGGAGCUCUUAGAGGUGGAAGGAGAAGGCCAUGCCUUCUAAGAUCCAUCUAGUGAAUUUGGAUGCUCACAUUGCCAAGUUUGUUCCAAAUUCCGAUGCCUUAGCUUCUUCCUCUAGAAUGGAUUUUAAUUUGUUAUUUUGAUGUUUAUUGGAUUAUUACUUUGUGCUCCCAAGUUCAUUAGGCAACAACGGGAGAAUAAACGAAAAAGUGAAAAUCGAAAUUCAAUUUUGUAAUCGAGAAUUUAAAAUGUAUAUUAUGAAUCCAAGUGAUUUUUCAGUUUUUUUAAUAGUUAUAUAUAUCUUAAAAAGCUCUCGUAUUAACAGGAGAAGUGUAACUAUUAAAAACGUUAAUAUGUAUGCUGACAUUGAAGUUGAGAGGAGAAAGACAGAAAAUUUGAUUGAAACCAAUGUAAUGGAGAUUGAGAGCAUGAAAAAAUUAUCUUCUAACGGAUGCAAAGAAGGCCGACAAGCAUCCGGUGAAUGAUAGGAGGAAUACAUUGAAUACUUUUUUGACGUAAUGCUAUGUUGGUGUGACUUAACAACAUACUUAGCCUGUUAUUCGUCUUAAUGAAAUUGCUACUAUUUCCUAUAAGAGCUUUUCUAGAAAAAUUAACAAUUUCUUCAUGAUGUAGUAGUAUUUUCUAAUUUUUACAAGAACAAGCAUGCUAAUACACAACAAUACAUGUUUAAUUCAAUUACAAGGCAUAAAACCAUUUGAUUUCACUUAGUGACACAUAUAUUAAGAGUAAUGUUAUAGUUCUUACCUAAUACUUGUAGUUUGAAGUCAUAUUGCAAAAUAUACUUCCAUGAAACUAUAGUAGAUGAAAAGCUCCACAUCAAAAUAUGUGUUUAUUGAUCUCGUAUAGCAGCUUGAAGUUUCUAAAAGUGGGAGAAUACUGUGUUGCUAUCAAAACAUACAUCGCAUGUACGCAAUUAAUAUUAAUCGGAUAUGAUUUACAAUUUAUGUUUGGCUCACGAUCUUGUAUUGUUUUGCAGAUGUGAUCUUGACAUUUCUCUUUUUAUAUGUAUGUAGGCAUAAGCUACGGUGAUCUUCAGUGAAGGUUUCCACAUGACUUGAAAAUGGUGUGUGAUCGUUCAAGGUUUAUGAUACUUUCUAGUUGUUCAAGAGUUGUCGAGAAUGUCGAUUUGCUCCGUGCUCGAUAGCUUUAACUUGAUUGGUAGGUCUUACGUGCUGGAGGAUGUAAUGCCGACUUCUGCUACUACUAGUGGACAUCCACGCUCAUCCCUGGUGUGCACAUCGAAAUUGCCUCGUGUGGAUGCACGUUAGGCACAACGUACCCAUACGCUAAUGCACCACCAUUGCUACUUGCUCCUCUCGUGGAUAUCAAAUGCACUUUCCUCUUCGUAUGACUGUGGACACAUUUCGCAUUAUCGUCAAGCCCUCAUCCUUCUCCUUUGACUUAAGCAUCGAUCACCCAUACUUUAAGCCUUAAUUGCUAAUUGGUCUGACAUUGUAUACAUAUUUUUUUGUUAUAUUUAGUUGAAGAUGUAGAAGUUUAAGCCUUAGCAAUCAAAUCUUUGUUGUAUAUAUAAAUAUGUGUAAUAUAACUGUUUUCAAGUUCA